AUGGCUAACCGUUUACUCCAAUCUCUCCCCAUGAGGCAUGGCGUCCAGAUGCCGGGAGCCAGGGCGUCGCGACAACUCCACGGCCGGGCUUCUUCACUGACAGGCAUCUCCGGCGUCGUGGGCUAUACUGCCUACCUCUACUUUGACUACUUCAACGCGUCCCAGUUCACGAGGUUCCCCAAGCCCGUCGCCAAGUCCCUGCGUCGCGCCCUCUACUACACCAACAUCAAGCCCGACCCCAAGCUCGCCCACAAGAAUUACAAGCGCGCCCUCGAGCAGUGCAAUGAGGCGGGAUUGGAUCCCUUCUCCGACGAAGUUCUCGGCAUUCGGAUACAGACUGCAGCCUGGCUUGAAGGCAUUGGCAACUACAACGGCGCCAUCACCGUCCUGGGCGGCCUUGUUGCCGACUGCCUUCGGUGGGUAGCCGUGAUGGAGAAGGGCGUAGCCGACGGUUCCAUGCCCAAGGAUGGCAAGGUCCUCGCUCCCAAACCACCGACUGAUCAGAAAGAAGCCGCAUCUACAAGCACGAGUGUCAAGCUCGGCGAGCUCAACGCCGACGAGCACGUCAUGCGUCCCGAAGACUCUCAGUCCAGGCUGACGUGGGCCGUCGAGACUGCCCUCAAAGAGUUCAAGAGGCGAACCGACGAGGGAGAGAAAGAGGACGAGGGUCCUUGGAUGAGCCCGAGCGAAAUCGGCGGCGCGCUCGAAUCUCUCGCCCGAAACUAUGAGACGCGGUCACAGUUCCAGCUCGCCCUCCCGCUGCUUUUCCAUGCCCUCCGCCUGUGCGAAGAUCCAUGCCACAGGCCGGUAAUUAUGAACAACCUCGCGGCAUGCUUCGCGCAGCACCCCGCCGGCGUAGCCCUUUCCAUGCCCACCGCCCCCAAGGGCUCGCCCGAAGCCGGCGCCGCCCUCAAGACGCCGACCACCCGCGAGUUUUAUCUACAGUCGGCCCUCAACUGGGCCUCCAAUGCCCGCGCCCACGCCGCCGACGUACGGGGCGACGACCGCACACCGGAAUGCGACGAGGCCUGCGCAGUCGCCUUGUGCAACCUCGGAGACAUUUACGCGCUUGCGGGGAGGCCCUCCGAGGCUCGCCGCAGUUAUGAAGAGUGCGUCAAGAUGAGCCAGGGAUUGGAUUUCCCGGCCGGUGUAGCUCAGGCGCAGGCCGGGCUGGGUCGUUUGGGAAAUGCCGUGAAAGCCUCGUAA